GCAUAUCGUAGCUGGAGAGAUUCCUCGAAUCCUGGCUAUUUUCGAAUCCCGGCUAUUUGCUUUCCCUUCGUCUCAACCAGUACCUACCUUCAAAAAUAACCGUCCUUUUCCAGACACUAAAGAGAUAAGGAAUAGGUUUUUUAUAGGUACUCUUUUGUUUUUUUCCUUCGCUUUUUCUCUCUCUUGUGUUCGUCGGUAUGUGAGGAAUUGGGCGGAUAUAUAGAAGCAUUAUUGGCGAGUCUGGACGCAUGAUAAGGCAGGAAAGGAGUAGUAAGAAGAAGAUGGGAAAGAUUUCAAGGAUUGGCAGUUAUGCGAUUGCUUCUUCGAUGAAGGAAAACCAACGACAACCUUGUAUUACCUGCACAACCUUUAACAUUCUCGCUCCCAUAUACAAGCGCCUCAGCCAUGAGGACCAGAGUUGCCGCGAGAGCGACAACAGAGAGGACUGGUUGACCAGGAACCACAGAAUAUUGGAUUGGCUGCUGUGCGAGAGAUCUUCCAUUAUAUGUCUUCAGGAGUUUUGGGUUGGAAACCAGGAGCUUGUGAAUUUGUACGAGAAGAGACUCGGUGAUGCUGGUUAUGUUAAUUUCAAGCUUGGACGGACUAAUAACCGCGGUGAUGGUCUUUUGAUGUCAAUUCAAAAAGAAUACUUCACUGUUAUUAAUUACAAGGAGUUGCUUUUCAAUGAUUGUGGUGAUCGUGUAGCGCAGUUGUUACAUGUGAAAUUAGCUCUUCCAAUUUCACAGUGUAGUAACAAUGAUGUUGGGCAGGAAAUUCUUAUUGUGAACACACACUUGCUAUUUCCUCAUGAUUCGAGUCUCUGCCUAGUUCGACUGCGUCAGGUCUACAAGAUACUCCAAUCUGUGGAAUCUUAUCAGAGAGAGCACCAACUUAAGCCCAUGCCAAUCAUUCUGUGCGGUGACUGGAAUGGAAGUAAACGUGGGCAUGUUUACAAGUUCCUGAGAUCACAAGGCUUCGUAUCGUCAUAUGAUACUGCACAUCAAUACACUGAUGCAGAUGCCCACAAGUGGGUUAGCCACCGAAAUCACCGAGGCAAUAUAUGUGCUGUUGAUUUUAUAUGGCUUCUAAAUCCUGAUAAAUACCGCAAACUUUUGAAAGCAAGUUGGAGCGAAGCAGUAUUUGGCAUGUUGAAGUAUCUGUUGGUGAAGACCGCUCUGACAGAGACAGGGGCGUUUUCCUUUCUAAAGGGUGAUAAAGAAGAUAUCAUCACCUAUUCUAGUUUUUGUGAAGCACUUCGGCAGCUUAAUUUAUUUGGUCAUAGCCAUGGGCUGAGCGACGAAGAGACAAAGGACUUGUGGUCCCAAGCAGAUAUAGAUGGGAAUGGUGUUCUGGACUAUGAAGAAUUUCUGGAGCAACUCUGGAAGGCGGGGUCAGACGAGGGAAACGAAUACAGGAAUGAAGAGCACAAGGAAGUUUCCGGCAGCCAAAGGGAACAAAGCAUCGGUUUCAGUGUAAAAAAUGCAGUUCUAUUCCCUCCUGAGGUAGAGAAAGGUAGAUGGCCAGAAGACUACUCCCUUUCGGACCAUGCUCGGCUCACUGUUGUUUUCUCUCCUAUAAGAAUGCCGUGUUCACAGAUGACAUCCUGACGAAUGCCAGCUAGAGUCAAUCCGGAUUUAGUUCAAGACAUUUGGCAUUGGGAAUAGGACAAUAUAACCUUACAAGUGACUAGGUGAAGAAACGGAAGGAGCAUAGUAGCCAUAGCACACUCUUCAUAACGUGACAGCACCAGGAAACUGAAGAAUGAAAUUUGAAGCUAUAAUCAUCGUCGAAUACUCACCAGACUUUGAAGAUGACAAAAUGACGAUUGAAGUGGCCAGAUUCAUCAGCCAUCACCCAGAUUGUUCCCCACUUCAUCGCUUUUUCACACACUCACAUUUCACCGAUUGAAAGAAUAGAAAAAAAACAAAGAGUGAUUUGUACAGUCGUUGCAUAGGUCUUAAGCGUCGACUAGUUCGUAGCUUUGAUUAGAGAUCUCAUUUAGGCAACUUGCAACAGAUUUUGAUAUGAAAUGAUCAAAUAGAACGAAGCACAAUGUGCUUCUUCAUAGCUUCUCUUUGAUACCCAAACAAUGAACUCGAACAUUCCGCUA